AAAAAAAGGUGUCGAAGAGGGUGUGAAGAGGGGGGCCGCAUAAUGCGUACAUAAAAGCGGACCCCAAUCGGGAGCGAGGAGGGGGAAUUUCUAGGGUUCGAUUUCUCGGGGAAUUAGGGUUUCCUCUGCGAGUUCGCGAGAGGAAUCGCGAGAGGAAUGGGGUGCGUUUGCUCGAGGCAGAGGGAGGCGGCGGUGGAGGUGGAGGGGGCGAUCCCCGCGGUCGAGGAUGGAUCCGAGGUCGGCUUCGCGGCGACGCGGAAGAGCGCGUGUCGUGGCUACGACUCCGGCGAGCUCGCGAUCAAGCCGGCGAAGGCCGGAGCCGGAAAGUUGUCAGAAACAACUUCAAUUUUUGGGAGAGCUGGAAUUGCUGGUCUCGAGAAAGCUGUGGACGUUUUAGAUACGCUUGGGAGUAGCAUGACAAGUUUGAACCAUAGCAGUGGAUUUGUCUCUGGAAUUACUGUUCGAGGAAAUCAAAUAUUCAUCCUGGCAUUUGAAGUUGCAAACACAAUUGCUAAAGCUGCCAGUUUAUGGAACUCCUUUUCUGAUGAGAAUCUCACAUACUUGAAGGAAGAAAUAUUGCAAUCAGAGGGAGUACGAAUAUUGAUCUCGUCAGACGACAACGAGCUACUACGAAUUGCCGCUGCUGACAAGAGGGAAGAACUAGCUGUUUUCUCCAGGGAAGUGAUCAGAUUUGGUGACCUCUGUAAAGAUCCUAUAUGGCACAAUUUAGGGCGUUAUUUUCAGAAAUUGUGCUCAGAUCGUUCACCUCAGGACCAUUCAAAAGAAGAGAUUGAAACAACAGUGCAACAAUUGAUAAACUUGGCUCAGAAUACCUCUGAGCUCUACCAUGAGUUACAUGCGCUAGACAGAUUUGAGCAGGAUUACCAAAGGAAGUAUCAGGAGGAAGAAUCUCUACCUACAGUUAGAAAGGAAACUUUUAUGAUAUUGCAAAGUGAACUGAAACGCCAAAAGAAACUUGUAAAGAGUUUGAAGAAGAAAUCUUUGUGGUCAAGAAAUUUGGAGGAGGUUGUGGAAAAACUUGUUAAUAUUGUCAUAUUCUUACACAAGCAAGUUACAGAGGCAUUUUGUAAUUCUGGUAUUUUGGCAAGUGCCAACUUUCUUGACAAUGAGCCAGUUCAAGAUAGACGAUUAGGUGCUUGCGGCCUUGCAUUACAUUAUGCUAACAUCAUCAACCAAAUUGAUAACAUAGUUUGUCGACCACUUUCCCUUCCUCCUAGUACCAGGGACAACUUAUACCACGGUCUACCGACAGCAGUGAAGUCAACUCUGCGUUCUCGGUUGCAAUCGUUUGAUGCUAAAGAGGAGUACACUGUUGCUCAAAUCAAAACCGAGAUGCAGAAGACUCUUCGUUGGAUUGUACCUAUAGCAGAAAAUACAAUCAGAGCACAUCAAGGUUUUGGAUGGGUUGGAGAGUGGGCGAACAUCGGGACUGAAAUAAAUAAGAAGCCCGUCCACCAAAGCACUGUUACUCGCAUCCAGACGCUUCAUCAUGCGGAUAAGGAGAAGACGGAGCAAUACAUACUCGAAUUGGUGGUAUGGCUCCACCAUCUUGUCCUCCAGGUCAAAACGAGGGGAUAUGGGCUCAACUCCAUAAAGCAAGCUUCGUGUCGGCUCCAAAAGGGAGAUUCGCUGCCUGAAGAAGCCAACGAGGGCUCAUCUAUGGUACGCAGCACGAAAGAUGAUUGCGGUACAAGUCAAAUUUGCGAAGGGGAGAGAGAAUUGUUGGAAUGUAUUGGUGCAAACAAGUAUAUACACAGAAGAAGCAGAAGUUUCGAAGGUACGAGAAGGGAAGCCGAAAGAGCGCAUAGGAAUAAGGGUUUAAGCAGGAGUUGCGGGAAUUCUCCAGCAAGAGAGUUCAUUGAGGCCUUGAAUUCGCACCUCGAGAAGAGGAUGGUGUUGGAUGUAAUGGAUGGGCUGGAUACUAUGAAUCCACACUCCGCCCCAUUUUGUUAGAGCUCCUCAUUUUGCCUUUUCUCCCCACUUGUAACAAAGUGAUGUAUUUUUUAUAGUUUACCAUGUAUAUGUAAUAUUGCCGCACCUUAGAUUUCUUUUGCUGUACAUAUUACUAAGUACAGAGAGAGGUUUUGUUCAUAAUUGGAGCUAAGGCAGCAUUCUACAGCAGUCUGACAUCCCUA